AUGUCAGGUGGAAACAUGACAUUUGUGAAGGACUUUUUCAUUGUUGGUUUUCCUGGACUUCAUCCUAACUACUAUGUCCUUGUAUCUGCAGUUAUGUUCUUAGUUUAUUUGUGCACCUUGAUAGGGAAUGGGAAUUUUCUUCUUUUGUUUGCAACAAACAAAAGUCUCCAUAAACCCAUGUAUUGUAUUUAUAUAAGUCUUGUGUUGUCUGAUGUGUUGUUUAGUACAUGCACCUUACCAAAGAUCAUUGCUAGAUAUUGGUUCCAAGAUGGGACCAUUUCUUUUGCAGCUUGUUUUUUUCAGAUGUACUUAGUGCAUUACUUUGGUGUGGUCAAUUCAUACACACUAGCCGUAAUGGCAAUAGAUCGAUAUAUAGCAGUCUCUUUCCCAUUUCAUUACUAUACUCUUAUGUCCAAUAGAAAUAUAUUAAUUCUGAGCCUAGUGGUCUGGGUUUUUGCUCAUCCAAGCAGUAUAAUGAUGGUUGUUCGGGCUUACCCCCUCCCUUAUUGUGGAGCCAACACCAUUUUACACUGCUAUUGUGAUCACGUAUCUAUUACCCGACUUGCAUGCACUGACAGGACUCCAUAUAGUUUUCCAGCUUUUGUUUAUGCUAUGGUAGUAUUGCUGGGAUCUCUUGCCAUUAUUGUGGUCUCAUAUUCCUUCAUUAUUUUAGCUGUCCUACAAAUAUCAAGUACACAGGGGCGGCUAAAGACUUUCUCCACAUGUAGUUCUCAACUCAUUAUAAUUGCACUCUUCUUCUUACCAAGAUGCUUUAAUUACUUGGCUGCCAAUAUAGGUAUUACAUUUAAUGCUGAUUUGCAAAUAGCCAUCAUUAUGCUGUAUAGCCUGCUGCCUCCAAUGAUCAAUCCUUUACUCUAUAGUCUAAAAACAGAAGAAGUGAGAGCUGCUCUCAGGAAAAUAAAGGCAAGGAAGGCUGCUGGUCCUGAUGGCAUCAGUGCUAGGCUCCUCAAGUCCUGUGCGGACCAGCUAUGUGGGAUAGUGGAGUUCAUCUUCACUAUGAGCCUGAAACUGGGGAGAGUGCCACAGCUGUGGAAAACAUCCUGUGUGGUUCUGGUGUCAAAGAUGCCACACCACAAGGACUUCAACAGCUACAGGCCAGUGGCUCUGACAUCCCACCUGAUGAAGACUCUGGAGAGGGUGGUCCUUUGCAUCUCCACCAUCUGGUGAGCCCAUCAAUGGAUUCUUCUUCCUGCACAGGGCCCUCUCUCACCUGGACAAGCUUGGGAGCAUUGUGAGAAUCAUGUUUUUUGAUUUUUCCAGUGCUUUCAAAAUUAUACAGCCUGCACGUCUGGGAGACAAGCUGGAACACACAGCUGUGGACCAGCACCUUGCAUCCUGGAUCCUGGACUACCUUACCAACCGUCCACAGUAUUUCAGGGCUCAGAACUGUGUGACUGACAUGGUAGUCUGCAGUACAGUUCUCUGAUGACUCUGCAAUCAUUGGGCUCAUAACUGGGGAGGAUGACACAGAGUACAGAGAAUUUAUCCAGGACUUUGUAGUCUAAUGCCAGCGGAACUGCCUCCAGAUCAAUGGCAGCAAGACCAAAGAGUUGGUGGUGGAUUUUUGCAGACACAGACACUUCCCUCCGACACCGGCGAACAUCCAGGGAAUGGACAUUGAGAUAGUGGACUCAUAUAAGUACCUGGGUGCUCA